AUGACCCCAGCGCAACCGGGAAAAAAUAAAAACCUUGCAUCAGUAACGAAGGAAACCCCUACAGAUUUGGCUGUUGGUCUCCGACCAAGACCACAUCCUGCAGUCCCAAUGGCACAUGGCGAUUUCAAGGGAAUCCCGCCUCCGCCCCCGCCUCCCGGUGAUGCUCCAAUACUAAAUAUCGAACGUGAAGUAUUUAAGCUUCCUCCGAAGAAGCCUAAGGAUCCUAAUGUCCCAGCGAAACCUUUAGCGAAAUUGAACAUGCCUCCACAAGCAGCCAUGUUGGAUGAGCUUAAGCAGCGUUUCGGGAAGAAGGUGCUUAGAAAAUUUGAAGAACCCAAAAGAGAACCGCCUCGAAAGUCACCAACUCUCUUGGAUGAGAUGAAAGCGGAGAUGCCCGGUAAAAUUGCAAAGCUGAAGCCGGUCGGGACUAUCGGCAAUGUCAGUCGAAUGAAAGAAGAUAUAGAGAAAACCAAGUUGAGAGAAGAUGAACAUAAAAAGGCGAGCCCCGCGAGAGCUAGUCCGUGGAUGAAGCCUGUAAAGCCAAAAGAGCCUGUGAUCUCGACGCCUGUAGUCGAAUCACCUAAGAAACCCGGCGCCGACAAAAUGAACCCAAUUCCAAAGCCACAGGGUCGAUUAGAAGCAGUUACCAAGAUUGAUCAGCCAGUCGUAGAAGUUCAAACAAGGCCAGUGAUAACCAGACACCAUUUGGAGGAACCGCCGCAUGCGGACCCAUAUAUUCUAUGGCCAAUUCGGGUUCUCGGACUUUCGCUCAUUCUUUUAGGUCUCCUGAAACUUGAAAUAUAUCUAUGGGUAAUAUCCUGGAACAUACAUAUCUGGAAUCAGCUUGAUGUAUAA